CCUGGCGCGUGUAUCGGUGGACAUCAGUCUCGCUCUCUCUUCACAACUCAACAUGACUCCUAAGGUUUACGUCCUCGUUGCCCUUGCAGCCGUCGUCAUCGCUGACAAUAUCCCUUACACCCCUCCGCGUCCCUCUUACAAUGCUCCUGCACCCUCGGGUCCUGCCCAAUACAACUUUGACUGGUCAGUGAACGACGUGAACUCCGGCAACGACUACGGCCACAACGAAGCUCGUAAUGGAUACGAUACUGAGGGAUCUUAUUACGUUCAGCUUCCCGACGGUAGGCUACAGAGGGUUACCUACACCGUGAACGGCGAUUCCGGUUACGUGGCUCAAGUCGAACAUCAGGGAGAAGCCCAGUACUCAGCCUACCAGCCCUCUCCCAGCUACAGGCCAACCCCUGGCUACGCUUAACCAAAUUAAGGAUUAGGAAUUAGCUCCCCUAAUCUUCUUGUAUGAAUUGUCAUAAAUUAUUACUUUAAUAAAUCAUACUUUAAA